ACGAAAAAUUUACGCCUCCCUCUGACAACAUUCACAACAAGCAACGUCCGUGAGCUGGGAUGGACCUGUCAGGUGAGGUGACCGCCGCCCUGCGCCUGCUGGGGGAUGUCUCCAAGACUGAGCAGGCCAAGUACCAGGAAGUACUGCAGAAAGUCACUGAGGACAUCGCUAAGGACAUUCCAGCCAAUAACUCUGCCCCUCAGCCCGCCGGAGAGGAGGACGGUGAAGUUUCGCGAUGUCAUGCAGCAUUGGCAACACUGUUCCUAGAGGCAGUGCGGGACAGCCACAACGUCACAGUUAUCACUUCAGUGCUGGAAGAUCUGAAUUGGCCCUCAGAGAGGAUUAGUGAAGCCACAAAAGCGGUAGAGUCACAUCGGAAUGCCAUACAAUCAAAGCUUUCCUCCCUUGGAACAUUCCCUCCUCAUAUUGUUGACAUUGACUGGAAGCUGAGCUACCAAGUCAGAAGUAGUGAUGGUGAGGAAGGUGGUGCAGCCAUGUACCUGGUGACCCUUCACACUGAGGAGUCAAGAGGAAAACGUGGCAAGAUUACAUUUUCCUGUUCUCUGGCUCAGCUCACUCACCUCGUCACCAGACUUAGACAGGCCUCUCGUUGUGUGCAAAAAUAUGCCAGCAACAGUUGAUUGUGCUUCUUAGUAAGAUUAUACUUACUUUUCCUUGUUGCUCAGAUUCAGUCAAUGUUGGUGCUAGCUUCCUCUGCCUUCUGCUGUAUGUUCAGAUUUUCUUCCCAUGAUCCAUGAUCUACUUAAGAAUAGCAGUUAAAAGAUUCCCCUUUUUGUCAUUAUAAUCCUCUCAAGGUGACUGAAUGCACAUGAGGAAGUGUGAGGAAUGGCAGCACCUGUACUACACGUAUGUCUUUGAGGGAGACUGAAGAACCUCAAUUUUUUGUCCUUAUUCAGUGGCUGUGCACUUACAGGGAGAAUGAUUAAGAAGGGAUGUGAUUUUUCCUAUCUGAAAACAUUGAUGUACAUUUAUCAGUGAAUUUUUAUACUUGAGGCAUGAAAAAACAUUGAUUUUUCAUGCCAGAUUUUGAAAAUGUCACUGAGCUAUCAUUUACAAGCCUGAGAUACUGCUUUUAUGCAGUCUAGAGGGAAGACUUGAGUUUGUUAUUGACCAGUCUUCACUGUGUGAAAUCUACUAUUCACUGUGAUACUUUUUAUAUUGAUUGUAAAGUUUUUGGUAUCAAAUUUGGAUACUAAUUUAUAAAGCAUCUUUUCUAGUAUCAGUAAGGUUAAAGUUUCCUUUACCAUUAGUCAAUUUUGUUACCAGAGUAGAGAACUUCCCUCAAAUUUUGAAUAGAUAUUCAGUAGUAAGGGCCUGGAUGUUUUUUUAGCUAUAUGCCAUAUCUUAAUUUUAAACAAAAUUGUUAAAAAAAAGAGAUGAGGCAAGUUAUUUUCACAUGUACACUUGAUCAUCUGCUGACACAGGUGAAUGGUGCUGCUGCUACAUCACAGUAACAAAAUCCACAACAUUAUUACUAGAGAACCAAUGGGAAUCAUUUUAAUAUAUGGCCUGGCACCUAAAAGUCUGAUUUUUAUCGUGUUGUGCAGUUUUAUUAAUCAAAAACUGCUAUAACAUGAUAGUAAGUAUUUCAACAAUAAAUACAUGUUAAUAACACCUAUUUAUUGCUAUAACAUAAAAUUAGGCAUGACAUUUAGCAUAGCAACCCAUUUUCUUUUAUAAGAAAAAAUAAUUGAGCAGAAUCAUUCUGCACCUCCACAAACAUAAUUUGCAUCUCCCAUGAAGGGACACAACAUACAUCUCAUAGCCAUUAUGAAGGCAGAAGUAUUGAAACUAAAUCAAGAGAGCAGUUCAAGCUGAUGAAAACAGUUACUUGAAGUGUGUGAAAAUUUGGCCCCGUUUCCUUCCAAAUAACUGUGCCUUUUUAUUAUAACUGAGAAAAACAUUAAAACCCACCUCUCACCUUAAAACCCCACCUCGCACCUUGAAGUGCAUUAUAAACAAACCAUGUUAUAUGAAAGUGGAUGCCCCAAAAUGGGUCCUUUCUGCCAUUGUGGGGAUACCAUGACAAGGACUCUCCCCCUAAACAUUUGACCUGACACAUACACUCAAGGUUUUUCAACUACAGUAGUGAUUUUAGAACUGUAGUAAAUGUGAUUUUGGUUAUUCAAAUGGGAAUUGUUUACAGUAAUGAUUUUUGGUCGAAAAUAAAGAUUUUAAAGCAUGAUAUUAAUUUAUGAACUGUGAUGAAAGUGUUGUGAUGUAGUGACAGGCUGGUCAAAGCCACCCCAAUUCAAUUCUACCCUUGGUGAUUUUGUAAGCCUGAUAGGUAAUAUAUUUGAACUGAAGGUUACCUUAGUUGGCUUUGUCAGGGGUUCAGUCACAAAUGACAUUCUCUCAUGGCCAAUUUAUCUUGUCUUCAGAUCAGUUUCUCAUUAUUUCUGUAAUGAUUCACAAUUACACAUGAUAAUUGUAAUUCUUCAGGUUGAUCCAAUAAUCAGUUUCUUGAUAUACCCUUAAUGCUUCACAAUUGCAUGUGACAGUUACAGUUUUCGAGGUUGUUACAAUAAUGAUGGAUGGUGAUAACAAAUUUAGUGACAGCAGAAGGUCAAGUAUAUUUGAACUGUUAUCAAGAACAAAAGCUGACAGUUAAGAACACUUUUAUACUUAUUUUUUGCUCCAGAAAUCAUCUUUUCUAAGUGCCAAAAAUAAAAUCCAUUACUGUAGUGUUGAAAUUUCUGUGCAUUAUUUUGAGUACUAAAGCAUAGAAAUAUUAAAAUUUGCAGAUGUUGAUGGUUGCCUGCAUAAGUUAAUCAGUGCUUGUGAAGUUUACUGAGUUUUCUUUUUGAUAAAUUUAUAUGCACCUUUUUAAUGAAUUGGACAGAAUACAGCCAUAUCAGGGACUGGUUUGAGGGUGUUUUGAUUUACAGUCUGAGUUUUGCAUGAUUUGGGUUGUCAUCUACAACCACAGUCAAAAAUUUAACCAUUAAGAAUGGCCCUUUCGUAUGCUAUUGCACUGUUUUCUAACUGUUUGAAAUGCCUUUUAUUAUGAUAACAUUUUCAUCUACCUCUAUGUUCUCUUUCUUUGUGAAACAAUGCAUACUCUUAUAAUUAAAAGGAAUGGCUAUGUACAUUGGAAUUUUUUAACUAUUGCUUGUGUAAAAUACAAAUGAAAGAUACUGAUGCAGA